CACUUGUGUUGCACGUCGACUACGUGAUGACGUCAUCCUCAAGAGACAUUAUCUAUCUGCGACAGACCGGGAAAGUGGGAGGGAAUUGUUUGUUACCUUGUUUCGAAAAUGGCACCAUCACCCACGAAACGGAAAGAGCGGUCUGAGGAUAAACCCAAGGAGCGAGGCAAAGAGAAAUCUGGAACUAAGGAGGGUGCAGAGAAAGACCGUGGCCGAGACAAGACGCGCAAACGCCGCAGUGCAUCCACCGGAAGUAGCAGCAGCAGGUCUCGUUCAAGCUCAUCCUCCAGCAGCAGCUCUGGCUCUAGCUCUGGUUCCUCCAGCGGAUCAAGUUCCUCAUCUGGUUCCAGCCGCUCUGGAUCCAGCCGCUCUGGUUCCUCCUCCUCUUCUUCCUCUUCAACAGGGACUCCUAGCCCCGGCCGCAGACGCCAUGACAACCGACGCAGGUCUCGUUCAAAGUCACAGAAAAGAGGAGAGGAGAAGGAACGAAAGAAAAGAUCUCCGAGCCCCAAACCCACCAAAGUUCACGUUGGACGCCUCACCCGGAACGUCACUAAGGAACACAUCCAGGAGAUUUUCUCUACUUAUGGGAAGAUAAAGAUGGUGGAUAUGCCUCCAGACCGACUCCACCCCCACCAGUCACGAGGCUAUGCCUAUGUGGAGUUUGAAACCCCAGAGGAGGCUCAGAAAGCCCUCAAGUACAUGGAUGGAGGUCAGAUUGAUGGACAGGAGAUCUCCGCCAUGGCUGUAUUGACGCAGCGUGCUCGCCCUGUCCCACGACGCGUCUCGCCCCCGCGCAGAAUGCCUCCACCCCCACCCAUGUGGCGCCGCACGCCCCCCCGCAUGAGGCGAAGAUCCCGGUCCCCACGCCGACGAUCCCCUGUUCGCAGGCGUUCCCGUUCCAGAUCUCCCGGCCGCAGACGACAUCGCUCCCGUUCCAGCUCCAACUCCUCUCGGUAGAGAGUGUCGGCGUCCGUCCCUUCUGCCCGACAUUUUCUGGGCGGCACUGCUAGAUUCUCUGCGUCGCCUCAGAGCCUGCAAUAGUCAUCGUCGAUUUUAUUUUAUGACUUGUUUUUUUUUUUUUUUUUUUAAUUAAUUAAAGGCGGAAGAAGUCAAUAUCAUGGCGAAAUAUCACUUGUCUCAUCAGUAAUUGGUGCAUACUGGAUUAACAAUGUUGUCCUGUUUUAGAAAUAAGGUAGACCAGAUGGGAAAUCAUUUUGCUACACUGACUUUUGUACUUGUUUUGACAAUUAAACUGAUAAAAUGACCUCUAA